UCAAGUUAUCACAGCAUGCCUCAGCGGCAAAGAAUGUGCUCAUGAUGCCGAUGUCGAUUAAAAGUGUUUUAAAACUCUCAAAAUUCCAAAUUCGUGUUAUAGAUAAUUUGUCUGUGCCUUUGCUUCGAGCAUUAAGUUUGAAAAGUGGUGUUGGAAAUCAUUGCAAACAUGAGCAGAGGGCGAAUGAAUUCUCAUCUGCUGGUAACAGAAGAAAUAAAAUCCUACUCUGUGUACUGGGAAUAUCUGGUGGACUGGGUUUGUUACAUUACGUGAAUAAGUACAGUAAUAUUUCAAUCGUCCCUUCAGUUGAAGCUGCCAAAGUGAUAGAUGGCGGAGAAGGUAAUUUUAGAAGUAAAUUUAACUUUAUUGCUGAUGUUGUUGAGGAUGUUGCAUCAUCGGUAGUGCUGAUUGAAAUUAAAGAUGCACACCGCCGUGAUUACUUCACAGGAGCUCCGGCUACACUUUCAAAUGGAUCUGGAUUCAUUGUUCAUGAAGAUGGCUUAAUCUUGACGAACGCACACGUUGUAAUGAACAGACCCAAUACGCCUGUAAUUGUCAAAAUGCAUGAUGGCUCCUGUGUUACUGGCAUUGUUGAGCUUGUAGAUGUGAGAUCAGACCUAGCCACUAUUAGAAUUAAUGCUUCGAAAAAACUGCCUGUCAUGAAAUUAGGAACAUCAUCAAAUUUGAGACCUGGUGAAUUUGUUGUAGCAAUUGGGUCUCCCCUGAAUCUCUCCAAUACUAUUACAACUGGCGUGAUAAGCACAGUCAAUCGUUCUGGGGAUGAACUAGGGUUAAAGAAUAAGAACAUGGAUUACAUCCAGACUGACGCAGCCAUCACAUUCGGUAACUCUGGAGGUCCUCUGGUAAAUUUAGAUGGUGAAGCCAUCGGUAUCAAUGCUAUGAAAGUAACAGCUGGUAUUUCAUUUGCUAUUCCUAUUGACUACGCCAAAGAAUUCCUUGCUCGUGCUACAGAGAGGAAAAAAGAUGUAAAAACUGACAGUGUUCCUCCACGGCGUUACAUGGGUAUCACAAUGAUAACACUAACUCCGUCCAUUUUACAUGAGCUUAAAGAUAGAAAACAUUCUAUACCAAACGAUAUUGAAUUUGGAAUUUUAGUUUGGAAAGUCAUUAUAGGAUCUCCAGCUCACAGGAGUGGACUCAGGCCGGGCGAUAUUGUCACUCACAUCAAUGGUCAGCCAGUUCAAAACGCCAACAGUGUUUAUGAAUUUUCAGAGUCCAGCCCAACAUUAAAGAUGACAAUUGUCCGAGAUCACAGGCGAUAUGAAGUGGUUAUUACUCCAGAAGUUUAUCCAGGAUAAGUUAAGUCAAGUGAAUAAUUAAAAUAAUUUUUUGUGCAUCCUUUGAUGAACAUGAGGCAUUCUUUGGAACAUGAGGUAUGGGGAUGUAUCCUUGGUUAGCGUACUGCACAUUUGCAAAUCUGCCAGGACACCUUUCUGCCUUUCUGCAAAUUAAUGGCUUGUCACAUACGAGAGAGAAAUUGAGCCAGCUGAUCAGUAUUUUUAUGAAAAAAGGGUACGGAAAAGGAGGAGUAGCUUUGUGUUACAUUUCAACAUAAUAUUUUGACACGCAUGCACUUCGAUUUGUGAUAGUGCAGUGAAUGUUCCAAUACCAUGGAAUGUAGCAAAAUAUGUCAAAAGUCUCUUGAAGAAAGAGACGAAAGUUUUAGAGAUACAGCUCUUUACAUUGUUAAAUGAACCUUAAAAGCACAAGUACUGUCAUUUCUCCCACUUGGCAAAGAAUCUUUCUAGUAUGAUUUGAUUCAUUAAUUUUUUUAUAAAGUCAUCAGAGCAGUAAUAGACGAUUUCUAUGUGCAUCCACGUAUAGCUUUCUUUUCUUUGAGCUUAUUAUAGAUUAUCUACCUCCUUUUAUUUUUUAUCUCUGUCAGUUCACUGAUCAUUAUUACGAAGUAAUAAAUAAAUGAGGGAGCAGUCACUUGGUUACACAGAGAAAAAAUGAUCAUCAUAAGUAAGUUCUACUUCAGAACUUAUUUAUAGAAAAUGUUUCGGUAGUAAUACAAAGAAAAAAACAGUGAGUAGAAAUGCAAUUUUUUUUUAUUUUUACAUUUUUUUAAAAUUAUUUACCUCAAAUUACAGAAACUUAGAUUAAACUCAGUGACAAAAAAAUUGACAUCUGUCAUGCAUUUCCGAAGAAAUCAGAGCAGCCAAUAACUUCAUUUUUAAAUGCAGUUCAGAUCCAUAUCAGAGGGGCUGACCUAGAGAUUUUAAGAGGUGUCCGAUAAAAUAUGAAACAACAUAUUUUGGGAGUAUAUGAAAGUAAUGAAAAACAGCUCAACGAAAAGAAUAAAAAAAAAAAAGAAUAAAUGGAAAUAGACAAGGAGUGAUGAAACAGUCUUGUUAACGGAUUAAGCUCACUAAGCUGCAUGCAUUUGACAAAAAAGAGAAAAAAAAUGAGCCAUCAUACCACGCUGUGAAGUUGGAAGUUAACCAUUUAUUAUGAGGGUACAGUUUCCUCUUAUUGAAUCCAUUUUGGAUUUGUAUCAUGUUAUGUCUAUCAUUGGUUUCUUAAAUUUUAAUCCUAUACCUAUGUAAAGGACAAAGUUUUUUAGAUCACUUCAUUUUAACUAAGCAAUGCUGUCACACUUGUUCUUUAGAUAGCAAUGAUUGUGGCUGGAUAUAAUGAUCAUAAGAAUAAAAAUUUGGAUCUUAAAGUAAGUGA